CAUGGGGUCCAGCUCCGCGGCCGCAGGGAAAGCUGGGCAAGAUGGCGACAGUGAGGAAGGUGCAGCCGUGGCGACUGGUGGGCUUGGCGUCCCUCCGGGCUGUCAGCACUUCAUCUACGGACACUUUCCCAAAGCAUGUAAAAAUUGUGGAAGUUGGUCCCCGAGAUGGACUACAAAAUGAAAAGAAUAUCAUACCGACUCCAGUGAAAGUCAAGCUGAUAAACAUGCUUUCUGAAGCAGGACUCCCCGUGAUAGAAGCCACCAGCUUUGUGUCUCCCAAGUGGGUUCCUCAGAUGGCUGACCACACUGAAGUCUUGAAGGGCAUUCAGAAGUUUCCUGGCAUCAGUUACCCCGUCCUGACCCCAAAUAUGAAAGGCUUUAAGGCAGCGGUUGCAGCUGGAGCUAAAGAAGUCUCCGUCUUUGGUGCUGCCUCAGAGCUCUUCACCAGGAAGAAUAUCAACUGUUCCAUCGAGGAGAGUUUGCAGCAGUUUGAAGUGGUCUUAAAGGAAGCCCAGGCAGCCAGUAUUUCUGUGAGAGGGUACGUCUCCUGCGUGCUUGGCUGCCCCUAUGAAGGGAAGAUCUCCCCAGCUAAAGUAGCUGAGGUCUCUAAGAAGUUGUACUCAAUGGGCUGCUACGAGAUCUCCCUGGGGGACACCAUUGGCGUGGGCACCCCGGGCAUCAUGAAAGAUAUGCUGUCCGCCGUCAUGCAGGAGGUGCCUCUGUCUGCCCUGGCUGUCCACUGCCAUGACACCUACGGCCAAGCCCUGGCUAACACCUUGGUGGCCCUACAGAUGGGAGUGAGUGUCGUGGACUCUUCUGUGGCAGGACUUGGAGGCUGUCCCUAUGCACAGGGGGCAUCGGGAAACGUAGCCACCGAGGACCUAGUCUACAUGCUCACUGGCUUGGGCAUCCACACGGGUGUGAACCUCCAGAAACUCAUGGAAGCUGGGAACUUUAUCUGUCAAGCCCUGAACAGGAAAACUAGCUCCAAAGUGGCUCAGGCUUCCUGUAAACUCUGAGCCCCUUUCCCACAGAAGCUCUGGGGACUAUAGGAAUGGGGACACGCAUGGAGGAUUCAUAGAUGAGGACAUGGACGUGAGAAUGAGGUCAGUGGUCUCUCCUGGCAGAAAGGAGGCAGGGACCCAAGGAGCUGCCUGCCUCAGGCCCUCCCUGCCAGACCCCAGCGGCUCUGGGACUAGAAGUCUGGUUUCACCGUGGGCCCCUGGCUGGGAGGUGAGUGCCUGAAAUCCACUGGCCUGUCACCCUCUGUACAGCUCUACCUGCUGUGGCCUUGGGGCCACUACUCUGGACUUCUUAGGCCAAAGGCAGAGAGUUUCCCCAAGCAGGCCAAGGGCAUUCACUGGAGAGGUGAGCACUGAGCUUGGCUGUCUACAACUCCAGCAUGCAACUCUCUGAAAAGUCUCCACACUGAAUGUGACUUUUGAAAACAAUUCAUGUAAUAAAGGCUUAAGGACAUAACCAUUCCAGAA